AUGAUCCACACAAUAUCCCUGAUCCUGUCAUCCAUCCAGCCCUCUAACCUACCACAUCGGAACCGGCAAGAAAAGCUGCACCUUUUUUCCAAGCCAAAAAGCUGCCCAAAUGGAAACGUAAAUCUGGGGCAUACUUCACACCCUCGAUCCUGGGCCUUGAGCAGUUCCUGCGUGGACACCCACUGGCGGCAGCAGACCUUCCUCCCACAGCCUGACCGCACAACUUACAUGCCGGCUUUGAGGUGUCGAUCCCAAAAACCUCUGGCUGAGGGGAGAGACAUCGGGUCGCUGCUGCAGAGACUCGCACCGCCCAAAACAGUACAUGCACCUGAGGAAGACUGGCAGGCAGCCGGCCGUGCUUCCAGUACGGAACAAACACACGGGCACCGCAGCAAACAUCACCCGAGGCACUAG